GCGAAACCACGAAUUCAUGCAACGAAUAAACUUCUUGAAACGAGGAAAUAAUAAGCAAAUAUUUGAAAAAAUCGACAACAUUAUGAAUUACAAAUGGAAAGAGGUCAAAGUGAACUUGCAACUUUAUAGUUUUUCCGUUGGCAUUGUAGCAAGCAGCUAUUCCAUCAUUCCAGCAAUCAUAAAUCUGAUUAAUCUUUUUCAAGGGAACGAUAUUCCACGUCGAUUUGUGUAUAAAACUUAUUAUCGUAGCAUGGAACAAGCAAAGUUUUUCAGCCCACUUCAUGAAGUUCUGUUCUGUUCGGAAUCAAUGUCUGGAUUUACAACUUUUGCUGGAGUAAUUGCAUUUGACGGCCUGUACGUUCUGCUAACGAUGCAUGUCAUCACCAUGUUUAAGACUCUAAAUCUAAUUAUCAAGGAAUCAACAUUAGCCAGCUUCACCGAUGAGGAGAAGCAGUUUUAUCUUCAUGAGUGCAUUUAUCACUACACCAGAGCCUUGAGAUUUCUGGAUGACAUCAACAAAAUUUUCUCCCCAAUUCUGAUUGUGCAAGUAUUCGUCAGCACGUCCAUUAUCUGCGUAAUAGCAUUUCAUGCGAGUGCCAAUGCGAGCGAAGGCGAUUCGCAAAUCUUGGUUAUGGUACUAUACUUGAUCGCUGCAUUGUAUCAACUGUUCCAAUUCUGCUGGUACGGACAAAGAGUCCAGAAUGAGAGCAUACAAUUACCGAACUCGGUGUACGAUUGCGAUUGGUAUCAGUGUUCAAAGAAGUUCAAAAAGAAACUUCAUUUAUUCUUGCUGAAAGUACAGCAGAAGGUGGAGAUCAGCAGCUACAAUUUGAUUGUUAUGUCGUUGGAGACAUAUCUAUCGAUGGUCAGGACAGCAGCCUCUUAUUUCACUGCUCUACAAACACUCACGGAAGAAUGAAUAUCGCACAAAGGCUACACUAUAUGCCAGAACAUUCUGUAAAUACCAGGAGGGUGAAACGCUUGUCAUCCGCGGUACAAUGGCACUCUACCCAACAUUGUUUUUGGUACUGCUGGUACCCAGUUUCUGGGUGGUAUUUUAUAGAAAGCUCAAAUGACAGGAGACCAAAUACUAAUAUUUACAUUUUACAAGGAACAUUUGAGAAAAUGAAAUGAAAUGAUGAUGAUGAUGACGAAAUGAUGAUGGUUUACAUGCAAAUGUAUUAUCAAUUCAGUGCAAAUCCGAAUUAUAGCCGCUAACAAAGUUGGAUUUUUCUCACAAUUCGUACGUUAAACCUAACUUCGGAAGUGGUGCGCUGUUUUCAUUUGGUGAUGUGCUAUACAGCGCACUACUUCCGAAAUUAGGUUUAACGUAUGGAUUGUGAGAAAAAUACAAUUUCAAUAGCGGCUAUAAUUCGAUUUUCUACUGAAUUUAUAAUACCAAAGACCGAGACGUCCAAUCAAAAUUUAGAUCAGCUGAUCGAAUCUGUCUCAUAAAAUGGCUUAUACCCGAAUAAUUCAGCUCAUUCUGGGUGAUUGGUUCGUAUGCAGCUAGUGCUAAUUAUCGGCAAAUAACUUUUCCUGGCGAAACUUGCAAUUAGUUGAGGUUUAUCGAACCUUUUGUGUUUGUAUGGCUUUAUUAUGUCGAAAAAUAGCCCGUCGAUACUUCUGUAGCUUUGUUAUCAUGAAUUAAACGAGAUUAAAACAAAAACAUUGAACGCCAUAUUGAACGAAUGGUGGGUAUAGGCGUAUUAGCAAAUAUACUAUAUCACCAAUAUGUUCC